AUGACUGGCCGAGGAAGAGCAUUGACAGAGUUUAUGCGGAGAAGGAAAGUGGACAUUAUGUGUGUGCAAGAAACUAGAUGGAGUGGCAAUAAGUCGGAAGAGUUGGGAGACGGAUACAAGUUAAUCUAUGGAAGUACAAAUUUGGACAAAAGAAAUGGUGUUGGAAUAACAGUGUCGGAAAAAUUUAAGAGUACAGUUGUGGAAGUUGCUGAAGACGAAAGAUGUGUUAUCGGUGGAGACUUAAAUGGGCAUGUUGGGAGAGGAUCCGAUGUUAUCAGCCGAGUGCACGGAGGGAUGUGUUAUGGCGAGGGAAAUGAGGAUGGAGAGCGUGUUAUUGAUUUUGCCAUCUGUAACGAUAUGGUUAUCAGUAACAUUAUUUUUACGAAACGACAAGAACAUCUUAUCACGUACAAGAGUAGCGGAAGAGCUAGCCAAAUAGACUACCUCUUGUAUCGUAGGAGAAAUAUGGUUGAGAUGAUAACUGUAAGAUUGAAGGAUCAGAAGAAGAAAGAAGAGUUCAAAGAGAGAGUACUCGAGCAAAUUAGCCAAGAAAUUGAAGAUCUAAACUCCUGGUGGAAUGAAACAGCGGACUUUGCGAUACAUGCAGGAAAAGAGAUUUUAGGAGAAACUAGUGGAAAGAUCUGGAAAGAUAAAGAAACUUGGUGGUUCAAUGAUGAGAAUAAAGAGGCAAAGAGAGCAGUGGCAAUAGCUAAGAGCAGGGCUUACGAUGAGUUGUAUGAAGAUCUAGACAGCAAGGAAGGACAGGGAAAAGUUUUUCAACUGGCGAAGACAAGGAAUAAAAGCACAAAAGAUAUCGUGCAUAUUAAGCAAAUGAAUGAGAAUGGAAAUAUAAUUAGAACAGAGCAAGGAAACAUCAAGAGAUGGGAACAGUAUUUCUCUAAAUCACUGAACGAGGAAAAUGAACGGCUGAUCAGAGGUGAUGGAGACGCUAACCAGGGUGCAGUCUUGGAAGUAUCAAGGAUAGAGGUGCAACAGGCGCUGAAGAAGAUGGAAAACGGGAAAGCCACGGGACCAGAUGGCAUCCCCAUGGAAGCCUGGAAGCGAUGGGAGAGGAAGGCAUUGACGUGUUAUGGAUGCUGA